AUGGGUGACUCCGUCAACAUUCAGAACCUGCUCCAAGCGGGGUACUUCAAAACCUCCCGCAACAGAAGCAAAUCCCCUGGUUACGACCACCUGGACCAGGAUGAAGAGCCUCGCCGUGUAGGACGGUCACGCGAUGACUACGACUAUGAAAAGCGACAUGAUCGACCACGACUGAGCCCCUCACCUAUCCGUCUACCGCCGCCGCCUGCGCAUGCCCGUGCCGCCUUUCGAAGCAGGUCUGGUCCUCCUAGGCCUGCCGUUGACGAUGAGGAUAGCAUCCUCAAGAAGGAACAUGGCUACAGAAAGACUCCUCCUCCUGAAGAGGAGGCGGCCUCCAGGGGUGAUGCCGAUCAAGAACAUGUUAUUAUGGAGGUCCAUGAGUUUAACCCCGAGCGGCGGUUCGUUAUCCUCGACGACGAUGAACCGGCGACCUCUACGAUCGGCGGCAAGCCAAACUCUUCCGAACAAAAUGCUGAGUCCAGGCCCAAAUCCAACGAAAACUUGAAGCCAGAAGCCUGUCCAGAUGGGUCAAGCAAGUAUCACCGACGCGCUCCAAGCGCUGGCCUCUCGCCCACGCCACCGACAGGCCGACGGCGAAGUAGACAGGAUUUACCUGUGCUGGAGACAGAGUUCGUGUGGGAAAACCGUCAGCGAGAUCAAGCACUCUGCCUCCAGAGAGAAUACCACCACGGACAAGAAUCUCAGAAUUUUGUACAGUCCCCUCUUCCAUAUCCCGAGGAAGAUGUUUUCCAUGUCGACCCUCUUUCUGUGCCGCGCGAUGCAAAGCGCUCCGCCAAUGGCUUCGUUCCGACAGUUUCCAUGCCUACGCUACCGCCCGAGCCGACAGCUGGAGCUACGCCAAGACAGAAGUCCGGAGAUGCAGAUGCACCUCGGCCUGUUUCCCCAGCACCCGAGGCUAAAGAAUGGAAACCAGCCAGCUUUGACCCAGCGAAGGAUGGUGUAAAGCCUGAGCGGCCUGUCGGGACAUAUCGAAGAUACUCGGAGAACAAAAAUGCACCGGCAUCGGAUCAACUUCCCAAUUGCCCUCGGAUAAACCCAGUUGUCGGAAAAGUUGACUGGCUCACGCUCCCAAGGACUGAUUUCAACAUUUGCCCCGAGUGCUACGGUCAAGUGUUUUCCAAUUCGGACUAUCGAACCGAUUUCCAUCCCGUCUUGCGUCCGACCGUUGACGCCAUUGCUUGUGACUUCGGGUCGUCGCCGUGGUAUAGAAUUGCAUGGCUUCUUAUUCUGAAAAACAAGGAUCCAGAUCUACGUGUCUUUCACGACAUUGCCGCUAUUUCCACGGCGGCGCGCGGCUACCGCUGUCCUGGAGAUCGCAAGACGACCAGAGACUGGUAUACAAUCAGAGAUCCCUACACCAAGCGCCCAGUUCCAGAAUUUACCGUUUGCUACCAGUGUGCCAAGACUGUCGAGGCGCUCUUACCCAACCUGAGUGGCAUUUUCGUCCCUCUGGACUUGAGGUCAAGCCUUGUGCGCAGCACCUGCGCACUGCACUUUGCACCUGAUCGGACAGAUUUUGUUUUGUAUUUUGAUUCGUUCGAGACUACCGCGGACAAGGCACACAGUUCGAAAAAGAGUCCCGAUCUGGGCUAUUUGGCGCAGAAGCUGGAGCGAUUGUCGGUCCACAAUGCUUGCCGGGAAGACAAGCCCAUCACAGACGGAUACUGGCACUGCAUGCAGUACUUGCCCCAGUUUACAGUUUGCGCAGACUGUUUCGAAGACGUUGUGCAGCCACGCCUCUCAGAAGACAAUGUCAUUGCGCGCAACUUUUACAUUAAGCCGCAAAAGAUUCAGCUUGCGACCUGCCAGCUGUAUUCACCGCGCAUGCGCGAUGUUUUCAAGCGAGCCUGUCGGCGGGAUGACCCCAAGUAUCUGGAAGGCAAGGUCAGAGAGAGGUUGGAUAUUGAGUCGAGCAUUAAGAGUAAGCUGGCGAAGCUUGAUAGGGACGGGAAGAGGGAUCCACGAACAGAAAAGCAGAUUGACGACUUGAUUGAGGAGUGGAAAGAAUGGGAAUAA